AGCAUUUAACAGUAUUCCACGAACAAUGACACUUGGGGUGUCGAAGGGCUGAACGCCGCAGAGAUCGGGGGGGGGGGACCAUUCUGAAGCCGAGACCGCCGAGGAGCCUGAAGUUGGUUUAAACCAAACAGAAAGCUUCAAACAUGUAUUUGAAAAGAACGGCCCAAGUUUUGAGGAAAACAUUAAUUUGAAGUGGACUGGGGACAUUACUCGGCCUUCAGGAGACCCGCGGUACUGCUUCUUCACUCAAAGACUGAUUGCGACUGCGGAAUGUAUGUUGACGGUCGUCAUUGGCAACUGAAGUGAGAAAUUACCAUUGAAGAACCGGGACUGCUCUGGCCCCUGUGAAUGUCUGGAUCUCUCGUACUGCUUAAGGUGAAACUAGGCUGACGGAGCAAAUCAAAGAUGGACGUAUUUGGCGGUGCACCGCGCUUCCUGGCAUAUCCCAGGCCAGUGGGGGUACAGAGCGGGGCCGAUGCAGUCCUGAAGUGUCAGAUUGGUGGAGAUCCCAGACCAGCAGUCAUAUGGGAGAGGAACAAUGAGAAGAUCGACCCACAAGGACGAUACCGUGUCUUUGAGGAUGGGAACAUUUACAAUCUGAUCAUAACCGCCGUUACUAUCGAGGAUAGUGGUCAGUAUAUGUGCAAAGCAAAAAACAGUAUUGGUGAAACGUACGCAGCGGCCACACUGAAGGUUGAAGGUGAGGCACAAGAGCUGGAGUUAAGAGAGGAGAACAAACCACGAUUCCUCAUCAAACCUCUAUCCACUCGAGCCGGUCGUGGAGAAGAUGCGGUCUUCUCCUGUAAGCUCUGGGGAAGUCCACGACCAGAGGUGACCUGGGAAAAGGACGGCAGAAAACUCAGUGAAAUAUUUGAAAGCACUCACUUCAGUGUAAGUUACCAGGAUGGAGGAUGGUUCCAGUUAAAGAUCUUCAAGACUCGCGCACCAGACGGUGGCGUGUACACGUGUAAGGCGAGGAACGACUUUGGCGAAGCGCUGGCGGGAGCCGUGUUGCUCGUGGACGCGGGCCCCGGACACGAGGAAGACGGAAACCGCAACGGCUACACAAAUGGACACAGGAAAGCUCACCAAGGAAAACAGAGGAUUAGCAGGCAGAAUCCCAAUCAAAACAAAGACCAGACAACAACCAAGUCGACAAGAGUGAAAAUGUUUGCGGUGACAGAGGGUAAACAUGCAAAAUUCCGUUGUUUUGUGACAGGAAAACCCAAACCAGAGAUCAUUUGGAGAAAAGACGGAAGGCUAAUACUGUCUGGAAGGCGGUAUUUGUUAUACGAGGAUCGAGAAGGAUACUUUACACUCAAGGUUCUGUACUGUAAGCAGAAGGAUAACGGUGUCUAUGUCUGUGCCGCCUCAAAUACAGCAGGCCAAACCCUCAGUGCUGUACACCUCUCAGUAAAGGAGCCACCUGUGCGGUUCAAGCAGCCCCUCAUCGAUCUGGAGGUAUGGGAGCAGGACUUGGCUGUUCUUGAGUGUGAAGUUCCAGAAGACUCUGUCCCAAUCACAUGGUACCUGGAGGAUCGACGACUACAGCCAGGAGCCAAAUAUGGAAUGGAAGAGUGGGGAACAAAACGCAGACUCACGAUCCGUGACAUUGGAGUAGAUGAUGACGGGAUUUAUCUGUGCGAAAUGCCUGAUGGUGGACGAAGCAUCGCUGAGGUAGCAGUGAAAGGUCCAAUUAUGCGGAAACUUCCAAGGAAAGUUGAUGUUUUGGAAGGUGAAAAUGCUGCAUUUUGUGUUGAAGUGGAAAAAGAAGAAAUGGACAUACACUGGUACAAAGAUGGUGUGGAGCUGCGUGAAACGCAUCAGACAAUCUUGAAGUCCUUUGGUCGAACUCAUAUUCUGGUUUUCGUCAACACGAUGCCCCAAGACUCGGGCUUUGUGACUUUCUUUGUGGGGAGAUCCAAGACUUCUGCUCAGCUCAGAGUGAAGGCGGCCAAACAUUGUCCUCCUAGUUGUCCAGUGGGAGUGCAGAUCAACACAGAGAGGGCAAAUGCAGCACUUCUUUCGUGGACAUCAGCCCAGGACUCACGCAAGAACCCUCCGUCCGGUUAUGUUUUGGAGCGACAGGAAGUGGGCACGGGUUCACAGGAGUGGCUACAGUGUCUGACCACUGACUCUGCCACAUCGGUGGAGAUCCUUGGUGAUAGCGUGCCUUGUGAGGCAGAUUAUCGAUUCCGUAUUUGUAGUGUCAACAAAUAUGGAAAGAGCAACAAUGUGGAGUUCCCUAGAGCAGUGCACUUGGUUCCAGUAGCCAGGAUACAAACCCCAUUACAGGACGCACUUGUUCCAGAAGGACAAGAUGCAGUCUUUACCAUUGAAUUAUCUGCGUCUGUUAUUGGCUCGUGGUUUUUAAAUGGCACACAGCUUCAGGACGACGAGCGUUUUUCCAUGCGUCGCUCGAGAACACACCAGUCUCUUCGGAUCCAAGGGGUUCGCGACACCGAAAAUGGAGCUGAAAUAACAUUUAUUGCAUACGGCAUACGAGAUUCGGCCGCGCUGUAUAUUCAAGCUCCGCUCGUCAAGUUUUCACUGCUGUCAGAAAUGGAUCGAAACAAAUUUGUUGAAAUUGGGAACCCCAUCGUGCUCUAUUGCGAGCUCUCGGACCCGGCGGCUCCAGUGCACUGGUACAAGAACGGGGUGGAAUUACAGACAACAGAUGGUCUUCACAUCCAGUCAGAGGGUACCAUGAGGAGGAUUGUCAUCCUGUCAGCAGAGUUCUCACAUUCAGGAGUGUAUUGCUGCGACGCCAUUGAUGAUGUCAUAAGGUUCAAUGUGGAAGUUGAGGCCCCGUCUGUAAGGUUUUCAGCAAUUCCUGAAGCGGCGAGGAACAAAACCGUCCAUGCUGGCUCUUCUAUUCUUUUACGCUGCGAGCUAUCAGACCACGAUGCCCACGUGCACUGGUACAAAGAUGGCUCAAAGCUCUUCCCUCAAAGUGGAGUAAAUAUUCAAACGGAUGGACUGGUGAGGAAGUUGGUUAUCCCUUCAGCUGACUUUUACCACUCAGGGUUGUACUGCUGCAAGACAAAGGGUGACACCGUCACAUUUAAUGUGAACAUCAAAGCUCCACCGGUGAAGUUCUACCCACUUGCUGAAGAAAUGACGACCAAAUCAAUUGAAGUCGGAAAUCCUGUUGUACUCCAGUGUGUGGUUUCUGAUCCCGAGGCCCAUGUUUGCUGGUACAAGGAUGGAACACAGCUUGUUUCAAGCUCAGAGUUAGAAAUUCAAUUGGAUGGAACCACAAGAACUUUAGUUGUUCAUUUUGCAGAGCUGCACCACUCUGGUGUGUACCAAUGUACGGCAAAGGAUGACUCUGUGGACUUUCAAGUGGAGAUAAAAGCCAAACCGACGAUGCCCUCCAAUAACUUUGAUGCUAAGAGAGCCAAGUCCUUCGAAAUGGGCGAACCUUUGGUGCUGGAAUGUGAGGUCGCAGACUCCACAUUGCCUGCGCAGUGGUAUAAAGAUGGUGUAAAGCUCUUCCCAAACAAAGAGCAGGACAUACAGAGUAAUGGCACUUUGAGGAGGCUUAUUGUCCCUUCUGCAGAGCUUGUGCAUGCAGGGCAGUACAACUGUGAAACGUCAGAUGAGUCUGUUCACUUCACUGUGGAUAUGAAAGCUCCAUCUGUGCCAUCGGCACCCUCGCUGAAGUUUUUGGAAAUGCAAUCUCUUGAGGCACCCUGGUCCUUUGAACCAACACGUCAGACUUCAGACCCUGAGAGUCAUUGCCCACGUCAGGCAGUGGUGUCACUUCAAAAAGUUAAAGCAGCAGUAUCAAAUUCAGAACAAGACGUUGGAAUAGAAGACAUAAAGAAGACACUUGUAAUUGAACCAAGGAAUCCAUCAAACUCUGGAGCAUACUACUGUGCAACAGCAGAUGAUGUUGCUCCAUUAGUUGUAAACACUCAAGUGCCAGCUGUGACAUAUGGCCAAGAAGUUGAGAGGGCCAAAUCUGCUGAAGAGCGCAUCCCAAUUGUGCAACAAUUUGAGAUUUCAGACCCCAUUGCCAAAGCUUGUUGGUACAAAGACGGAACUCCAAUCUACCCAAAAAUGGAAACUCUUUUUGAACCUGAGAGCAACAUCCAAGUCUUUCCACCUCCGGUCACAAUUGAUUUGUCUGGUGUUGCGAGUUUUAGCUGUGAAACAUCUGCUGAUGCAAAGUUAAAUGUGGACAUAAAAGCAGAGCAGUGUCACUAUGAUGGUGAGAUUGGUGAGAUUUCUGAUGCAUCUGCCCAAAUCACUGCGGCUGUCAAAGCUACACUGCCAAGGUUUGCCUCUGAACAAGAGAAGACCAACCCGACUGAUGACGAGUGCAUUCCCUCAAUGCACAAGUCUGCUAUCUGCAGCGGCGAGAGGAAACAUUCUCUAACAUAUGAAGAACAUUGCACACACAAGACAACUCCUCAGUCAACUAAUGAAUACAUGACUGACAGGAUUUUAACAAAAAACAAAAAUGAGCAAAAUGAUCAACAAAAAAGCCUAAAUGUCAAAUUUCCAUCUGACUGCAACCCAAUAAAGCCCUCAAUCGUGAAACCUGACCCAUACUAUCACACUAGACAUCUCACAGAAUCCCAAGGUGAGGAAUUGUUUUUCCAUAUACAGAAGGCAAAAGACCCUGACGUUUCUGAACAGUGUAUGACGUCCUUGCAGAAAUCUGUCCCAUCAGAGGUUUUUAAUUCCCUGCAGAGUACAAAUGUUGAAUCAGAGGAAUGUAAUCUCAAGACUGUAUCUGCCCAGUUAGAAGAGCGCCAUAGCUCAGCACCAACUGUUCUACCUUCAGACCUAGGUAACAUCCAAAAGACUUCUACCCCCCAGUCAAGGCACUUUACUAAUCACAUAAAGAAUGUGUCGGUCCGAUUAGACAAGUUUUGCGACACUGUAAACAGUCCUUAUGUGGAGAAACCUUUUAGAACACUGCAGUGCACAACAGUCGGAGCAGAGGAGCCCCACAAUUCCACAGAGAUUCCAGACUUCCUGACAAAUAAUCUUCUUAAUUGCACCCAGACUAAACUACUCAUUUCAGACGACCGUAGUAAUUCCAUACGGACUAUUUACCAAUCAGAGGAGGCCUCAACUGUCUCCUCAGCAAAGAGUGAUAAGCCUGAUACUACAUUUUGUUUAUCAAUGGAACUGUAUGACUCUCAACAUCCAGAAAAUGACCAAACAAGGGGGAAUUCCAAUUUCCAUACCCCAUUUGUUGGACUGGAUGACAUCUGUCCAACAGAACAGGCUGUGACUACCCAACAAUAUCAGUCCAUGGUGGAAACAACAGUCCAGACGGCUUCUCACCACAAUACGGAGGCUGCAAAGGACCAAGUGUACGUCACACUGAUCUCUGGGCAAGGGUCGUCGAUGCAGUUUUCAGGGCAAGGAUUGCCAAUGCAGUUUUCAGGUUCUGCCUGUUUCGAGCAGACAUCAAGUGUCCAAUCAGAAGAGAGCUAUCCCUCACGGACAUGUGGCAGUCACAGCAAUGUCACUGCCAAUAAGGUGGCUGUUGAAGCUCCACCUGUGACAAUUUCAACACCAUGUCAGACUGAGAGGAUCAAUUCUGUGAAAGUGGAUGACCCCAUAGCGCUACCCGUAGUGGUACCAUGUGAACUAUCACCUCCAGGUGAAGUAGUCAAUCCUUACGAGGAUGGAAUACAACUCCAAAAAAAAGAGGCCAGCCAAGACACACCGGUGGAUGGGGCUGGAAGAGAACUGGCUUUGCAUUCGGAUGUGCUAUCCAAUGCAGGGGUUUACAGCUGUGAGACAACAGAUGAUGCUAUGCCAUUUCAAGUGGACAUUAAAGUUCCACUUCAGACAUUUUCAGCUAUAACAGAGGCUGAGCAGAAACAGACAAUCAUGGCAGGCUGUCCCGUUGCUCUCCAGUGUGAGUUGUUGGACCCCACUGGACAAGUCACGUGGUACCAUGAUGGAACAAGGCUCCUACUUCAAACUGGUAUAGACAUCCAGUCAAGGGAUAAUUUGAGAAGUCUAGUUAUUCAAUCUACCGAGCUGGCUCAUUCUGGUGUAUACCGUUGCGAGUCAAACGACGGAGACAUCCAGUUCACUGUGGAAGUAAAAGCUCUUCCCACGAAGUUCUCAGAGCUUCAAGAGGCCGACAGGAACAAAACCUUCCAAGAGGGCUGCCCCAUUGUCCUCCUCUGUGAGCUCUCUCAGGAUUCUGUGGUUGACUGGUACAAGGAUGGGCUCAAACUACAGCAACAAAAGAAUUUGGAAAUCCAAACAGACGGUCUAAGAAGAAAACUUUUCAUCCCUUCAGCUGAAAGCACACACAGUGGAAUGUAUGAAUGUGCAACAGCCGACGACACCGUCACAUUCAAAGUGGACGUAAAAGGCCGAUUGCCACAUAUUGCACCAAUCCCGCAAUCAGAAAAACACAGGAUGAUUGCAGCUGGUUCUCCGAUUAUUCUCCAGUGUGAGGUAUCGAAUCCAGUUGCCCAGGUUUCAUGGUUUAAAGAUGAGGCUGAACUCUUUUGCAAAACUGGCCUUGACAUGAAAAGAGAUGGCAACCUCAGAAAAUUAAUAAUUCACUCUGCUAAAACAUCAGACUCGGGCCUCUACGGGUGUAAGCUUGCUGAAGAUGUUGUCACAUUCCAUGUGAACAUCCAAGCUGCUCCUGUAAGGUUUGCAGCAAUUCCAGACAGAGAAAGGAACAAAUUGGUAGAGGCAGGCUGCCCAGUUAAGAUGCAAUGUGAAGUCUCAGAGCCAACUGCCGAGGUCCACUGGCAUAAGGACGGCGGGCAGCUGCUUCCAAAAAGUGAUUUCGAAAUCCAAACUGAAGAGACAUUGAGAGCGUUGAUAAUUAAAGCUGCAGAAGUCAGACACUCUGGUGUGUACAGCUGUGAUUCUGCAGAUGACCACAUAGAAUUCAAGGUGGAUGUUGCAGCACUGAUUUUAUUCUCAGCUGUUCCAGAAGUUAAAGCCAGGCAGGCGGUUGAAGCAGGCGAUACAGACAUAACGCAGUGCAAGGGCUCAGGCUCCACAGACCACCCUGCCAUGCAUGAGGAUGGAAUAAAGCGCUUUUCGAAAUCGGCAACAAAGAUUGAUUCGGAAGACCUCACAAGGACACCUGAUCUGGACUCAGCAAGAUCUUCAGUCUCUGGGGUGUAUGGUUGUAAAUGUGACGAUGAGUCAGAGUCCAACGAUUGCUAUGUGGAGGUGAAAGCCCCACCUGUAACGUUUGCCGACAUCCCAAAGGAGGAACUUUUCAAGAGCAUGGUGGAGAAAUCCCAGCUCAGCCUGUCCUGUGAAGUGUCGAGGGUCGAUGCUGUUGUCCAGUGGUACAAGGACGGAGCUGAAAUCCAGCCGAGCAGAGAUAUUACCAUCCGAGCUGAAGCAACAAAGAGACAUCUCGCAAUUGAGUCAGCCCAGCUGUCGGAUUCAGGCAUGUACACAUGCCGUGCAGGAGACAACACUGUAAUGUUUAAGGUCAACAUUCGAGAACCUCCAGUGAUGAUCGUAUACCCCAAGGAAGAUGUCCACCUUGACCGUCACGUACCUGAGGAAAUUAUUCUCAGCUGUGAACUGUCCCGUCCAAAUGGAGUGGUAAGCUGGUACAAAGAUGGCCAAAAGCUCCAAAAGAGUGAGAAUAUCAAACUGAAGGUUGAAGGCCCUUACCGACGACUCAAGAUUCUGAAGAGUGGAGUUGAUGAUUCUGGAGAAUACGUUUGUGAUACAGCUGACGAUUCAAUAUUCUUUAACCUCACUAUUACAGAACCUCCAGUGAAGAUUGUAUCACCUAGUCAGUCCCAAAUGGAACUGUGCCAGCAGAUGUCAGAGAGGAUGGUACUCAGCUGCGAGAUCUCCCGGCCAAAUGCAGUGGUCCGUUGGUACAGAGACGGUCUCGAGGUAGAGGAGAGCGACAAUCUCAUACUGGAGGUAGACGGUGUCUAUAGACGGCUCAUUAUACCUGAAACCACUGUAAAAGAUUCCGCUGAAUAUGUCUGUGACACAACAGAUGACUCCAUGACUUUCUUUGUAAAUAUAGCCGAGCCCCCUGUCCGCUUUGUCCGUCCACGAAAGAUAGUGAGCAGAAUUGAAAAAAUGGUUGGCGAAACUUUGGUUCUGGAUUGUGAGGUCUCUAGACCGAACGCUGUGGUUUUCUGGAAGAAAAACAGAGAAGAAGUGGAAGAUUCCAAAAAUGUCACCGUCGUUGAAGACGGUGUAGUGCGUCAAUUAACUGUUCACUCACUGACUGUAGAAGAUGCGGGUACAUAUGUCUGUGAUGCCAAAGAUGAUGUGAUGGAUUUUCAUGUUAAAGUGAAAGAGUUGCCCGUACAAAUAAUUGGGAAAACCAAUGCAAAAACAGAAAAGCAAUUCCUAGUGUCUGAUGACAUUAUUCUAGUGUGUGAACUGUCCAGACCAAAUGCAUCUGUCAGUUGGUACAAAGACGAUCAACCAUUUGACAACACUGAGCGUUACUGUAGUGAAGAGCAAGGUGUUUUCCGAUCAUUGGUCGUCCUAAACGCUUCGCUCGAGGAUUCGGGAGAGUACACUUGUGAUGCAGUGGAUGAUAAGAUGGUUUUCCACAUCACAGUCACAGAGCCUCCAGUCAAGAUUGUUGGAAAUUCUGGCCACCCAGAGCAUCACAUAUUAGUAGCGGGAGAAGAACUUAUUUUAGAGUGUGAGGUGUCUAGGCCAAAUGCCACCGUUCGGUGGCUCUGGAAUGACAAGAUACUGAAACCAGACACCCGCGUUAAAAUUUACAGCCAUGACAUCAUGAGGAAGCUUAUUCUCUCUAGACUUCAGCCGUCAGACUCCGGAAAAUAUGUUUGUGAUGCAGCAGAUGACAAGAUGAUCACAAUUGUUGAUGUCCAGGAAGUACCAGUCAAGUUUGUGAAUAAAAAGGCAACUAAUAAAAUCUUAGCCUAUGAAAAUGAAAGUGCAACACUUUGUGCCAUCGUGAGCCGAGACAAAGCUAAUGUGCGCUGGCUGAAAGAUGGCCAACUACUGAACAAGGACAACAUUCACAUCUCCAGCGAGUGUAAUACCCACAAGCUCACCAUUAAUCCCCUGCAGCUGUCAGAUUCUGGAGACUAUGUCUGUGAUGCAAAUACAGAUGAUAUGUUUUUCAGUCUUUUUGUAAAAGAAAUGAAGGUGAAAUUCAUCCGCCCACUGGAGAAUGUUACAUCUUUGAAGGGCAGCAGCCUCACGUUACGAUGUGAGAUCAAUAAGCCAAAAGGAGACGUCCAGUGGGUGAAAGAUGGCCAAGAGAUCUUGCCAAGCUGUCGUUACAGAAUAAGGGCGCAAGGUCGAGAGCGAAGUUUCACGAUCUUUGAAGUACUUGAUGAAGACGCAGGCAAAUAUGCCUGUGAAAGCACAGAUGACAGCACUUUGGCUACUGUCAUUGUAAACACCCCCCGUGUUGUGGAGUUCAUAGCAGAACUCCGUAACAUCACGGUUCGCGAAGGGGAAGACGCAGUUUUUAAGUGUGUGGUUUCACCAGCGGACACUCAGUUGGUGUUUUGCCUGAAUGGCAAACAGGUAGCCUGGAAUGAACGCACUGAUGUUUCCAGCAAUGGACUCUGCCACAUGCUCCGUAUCCGCAACUGCAUGGUUUCAGAUAGCGGCAUAGUGACAGCUGAUGCGGAGGGAUUGAUAUCAAAGGCUGAACUCAGAGUUCAAGAACAGCAGGUGAUGUUCACUAAAAAGAUGACAGCGGUUACAGCUGAGGAAUACGGCGAGGUGACCCUCCAGGUCGAGGUGAGCCUCGAUUCGAGGGAAGUGCAAUGGAUGAGGCAAGGGGUGCUGCUCCACCCUGGGGCCAAGUACACUCUGAAAAACAAGGGCCAUAAACACAGCCUUACCAUCCACACACUGGCCAUGUCCGACCGGGGCACCUACAGCUGCGAGACCCUUCAUGACUGCACGCAAGCUCAGCUCACGGUGGAACCUCGAAAAAUCACAAUCAAGAAGGGGCUGACGGACAUAAAAACCAUGGAGAGAGAGACGGCCUCCUAUGAGGUCGAACUGUCCCAUCCCAAUGUCACCGGCACCUGGUGGAGAAAUGGAAACCAGCUUAAGCUGUCAAAUCACUUUCGAAUGAGCGCCAAGGGACGAGUCCACAGCUUGACUAUUUCCAACCUCUCGGUGGAAGACUCAGCCACCUUCAUGUUCUGUGUGGAGAAGCUGAAAACAUCAGCGAGGCUUAUUGUCAAGGAACCUCCAGUAACAAUUUUCAGAAAAUUAGAGGACCAGAAAAUCCCUGAGGGAUCAGUUGUCUCCAUUGAGUGUGAACUGUCAAGGCACAAUGUGGACGUUAAAUGGAUGAAGAAUGGCAGCGAGUUGAAGCCUGGCAUGAAUGUACGCAUUUAUGCCAUUGGCAGGAAGCGAUUUCUUCAGAUCACCAAAUGUCUUCUUAGUGAUUCUGGCAUGUACACCUGUGAUGCCGGAGAAGUGGCUACAAGCGGCACUGUGGAGGUCUAUGAACGGGAGCUGCUGGUCGUGCAGGGUCUUGAGGAUUUAAACAUCGCAGAAGAUCAGAAUGCCGUAUUUGAUUGUGAGAUCUCAGUGGAAGACGUGCCAGGAGAAUGGUACAAAAACGGAGAGAUGAUUCAUCCGACCAGUACCAUCAAGACCCGACAGGAAGGGACCAAACACUUUCUCCUCAUGUGCAAUGUGCGACCAGAGGACUCUGGGGAGAUCAAAUUUGUUGCCAGACAUGUAGAGUCUGUUGCUAAACUGCAGGUGAAAGAGAUUCCCCUCAGCAUCGUGAAACCUCUGCAGGAUAAAACCGCCCUGGAGAAGAGCCGAGUGAUGCUGGACUGCACCGUGUCCAACCCGCGAUGCAGCAUCCGCUGGUACAAAGGCAGCAACGUCAUCCUGCCCUCGGAACGCUUCGAGAUCAGCAGCGAGGGCUGCUAUCGCAAACUGAUCAUCCAGCAGGUGGCGCUCGAUGACGAGGGCACCUACAGCAUGCAGGUCGGGGAGAACACGUGCUCGGCGAAACUCACAGUGGAGGCUCAAACUGUGCUAAUGAUCCGAGAACUGCGAGAUGUGGAGGUCGUAGCCCCCAGUGAAGCCUGCUUCGAAUGCGAGGUGUCUGACCCCGUCCAGAAGCUGCCAAUGUGGACCCUAAACGGGGAACCUCUGCAGCCCGGGGCCCAGGCGUGCCUGGAGAAGCUGGGCACAGUCCACAGGCUGACCCUCAAGCAAACCUCCAUGAGCAUGAGCGGAGCGGUGGUGUUCACUUGUGGAAAAGCAGAGAGCACAGCUCAUCUCCAUGUGUUGAGUGGUCCAUGAGUGUCGUCAACCUUCAGACUUAUUUUCAUCUUGUGAAAUUACUUUUGUCCUUGUCUACACUAUUGACUUUGUAAGUGUUAAGUUGUCAAAAGGCUCAGAUACAAUAUCAUACAUUUAAAUUAUUUUUUUUUUUUUUAAGUAGAUUGCCUUUUAGAAACCCAAAUUCCUGUUCGUAUAAACUAUGUUGCAUUUAGUGUGUCAGUUCGUCUUCUUCUGAACUUAAGCAACUAAAAAAAGCACUUGAGAAUGUAUUGUAAAUAAUGUCGUGUGUGAACAUGUUUAAAUUUAAUUGAUUUCAAUAAAUUAAAUCAUGAUAAA